AUGGUGACCACGACUGAAGCAACCCCUCCUCCCUCCUUGGCGCAAGGCGGGACAUCGAUGGCAGGAGCAGGGGCAGGGACAGGGCAAGUACUGCAUCUAUGGAAAGAAUGGGGCAUCCAGGUGCUGGUGCUGCUCAGCUUCUCCCUCCAGAUCAUGCUUCUCGUCAUGGCAGAGCUCCGCCGGCGCAUCGACUCCGGCGUGCUAAGGGCCUUUGUGUGGUCAGCGUACAUGAUGGCCGAUGCUACGGCAAUCUACGUGCUGGGACACAUGUCUGUGAUGAGCAGAUCACCGGAGCAUGAGCUGGUGGCGUUUUGGGCGCCUUUCCUCCUUCUGCACCUUGGUGGGCAAGACAACAUCACCGCCUACAGCAUCGAAGACAAGAAGCUGUGGCUGCGCCACCUGCAGACUUUUGUUGUGCAGGUGGCUGCAGCUACAUAUGUCGUCUAUGCGUCUUCCAUCCUUACCAGCGGGCUCCUCCGGGCAGCCACCAUGUUGAUGUUUGUGGUUGGUGUUGCCAAGUAUGGAGAGAGAGUGUGGGCACUCAAGUGUGCUGGUAGUACCUCAGAGCAGGGAGGCAACUAUCAACCUCUAUUUUACGCCUCGGGAUCCCAUUACCGGACCAUACCGUCCAAAAGUUGCAGCCCGAAUAAGGAAGAUUACCUGUUGGAUGCUCACCUCUUCCUGGCUGUUCCUAAGAAAUUCCUUAUGAGCAUGCUGCAGGAUGAAGAGUUGCGGUUUCAUGAUGUAGAUGAGCAUGCUUUGGAGGAGGUGGUUGAGAUGCAGCUCUCCUUGAUGCACGAUGUCUUGUUUACAAAGACUGAGGUGGUGCACAGUUGGUGUGGCCUCUGCGUCCGUGUCAUCUCGUUGCCGGGCACAGCCGUGGCAUUGUUGUUGUUUUAUCUUUCACUUCUGGGUGAUCAUCAUCAUCAUCAUCAUAUGGCUGCUGGGAGUUACAGUAAAGUAGACAUUGCUAUCAGUUAUGUCCUGCUUAUUGGGGCUCUCGUUUUGGAGGUCAUGUCAAGUAUUAAGGCAAUGUUCUCGAGCUGGACAAGUUCGUUCCUGCUAAAGCCGAGGAGGGAUUUCACUAGGCCAGGAGAGGAAGAAAGAAGUAUGAGGAUCUUGCUUGGUCGUGGGAUUACAUCUGUCCGCCGGUUUGUGCAUGCAGCAGAAUGGAGAGGAAGAUAUUGGUCCGGCUCCAUGGGGCAGCACAACCUGCUUCAGUUGUGCGUUGGUAGUAGGGUGAGCCGAAUGAGCAAAAUCGCGAGACUGAUGGGAUUUGAGGACCCGUGGAACACGCUGGCAUACUGCUCCUCCAUCCCUGUCUCGGCAUUCAUCAAGCAGCUGCUGGUCAACCAUGUGCUGAGUCGCAGCGUCCUUCCAACAGAUGAAGAUCACAUCGCUAACUCAAGGGGCCUGGCGGCCCUGAAGAGCAAGGGACUGUAUGAGGAACUGGAAUGGAGCUUGGACCCCAAAAGGUCCUUGGAGCAGACCAUCCUUACAUGGCACAUCGGCACCAGCAUCUAUCUCUUUUGGUACAAAAAGGAGAAGCUGGAGCAAGCAAAUGCAGCCGGUGGUCAAGGCGGCGACGACGCACAGAGGCAGCAGCAGGUUGAUCUCGUCGAGGCGGUGGAGGCGCUCUCCAAUUACAUGCUCUUCCUUCUUGCCUCACGUCCCUACAUGCUGCCUGCCCCUGUUGACCGUGGGAUGUAUGCUAAUUCCUGCUAUGAGUUGGUUGGUGUAGUGUGCAGCUCAGCUGAGGAUCUGGCCAACUUGCUGCUGCGGUACUACAGGGAGGAGGCGGAGGAGGAGGCGAGACUGUCGUCUAAUAUGCCGUUUGACACUGUUCUGGAGAAUAAGCCCAAGCAGCCGAACCUGUCUGAUAUCAUCCCGUUUGACACUAGUCUGGGUGAUGCACAAGACAGGCAAAAGGCCUAUCGGCUGGACCUUACAUUGCACCGUGGAUGUAGGCUUGCCGCAGAGCUGAUCCACAACGGGAUGCCAGGCAUGCCUUGUGCUGCAAUAAUGCCGGAGCUCAUCGCCCAGGUGUGGAUCGAGAUACUAUGCUACGCAGGCCACCGGUGCAGCGCGUACUCUCAUGCCAAGCAGCUUGGCAGCGGCGGUGAGCUCAUCACUAUCGCUGCCCUUCUAGUGGAAUAUGUCAGCGUGCAAGCCCUUGCGAUGCAACCACCACUGCCAUCACUAUCGCUACCCUUCUAG